AAAUUAAAAAUGAGAUCAUUAGUAAAUAAGGUCUAUGUCUCAGUAAACUGCGAUUCAAAGGAAAGCAUAACAAAUAGAGAUUCAAAAAACAGUUCUUCAGAACCUGAACUGAAAGGCUUAGAUGAGAACAUACAGGGUAAUUAUAUAAUUGUGGAUGCUUACUUUCUCAAUGAAAGUUAA